GUUUACUGUCCUGUCUGUAUUGUGAAUAUUUUGAGGUUUAUGAAACUGUGAAAUCAUACGUCGAUUUUUGUGUUCUGCGACUACUGUGAGUGUGAGAGAGAGACUGUUCUUUUAGUAAAAAAUGGCUAUGGAGAACGUUGAUCUUGUGGCUUUGGCCCUUGUUUUUGAGUUUUUAUCUAAGAAGGAUAAAAAUUUCGCCAGCGUAUUUCAGAAAAAAACGAAAGCACCUUCGCUGAUCAAAGGAGCUCCUUCAUUUAUUGAAAUAUUAAAUCAUUAUUUGAAAGUUGGUCCCAAAUCGAAAAAAUUGAAAUUGAACACAGAAAACGAUAGUAGCGAGGAAGAGGAAUCUCCUAAGAGCAAUAUUACUAAUGGAGUAGUGAAGCAAAAUAAAAUUGCCAAGAAAAAAAGUGAAUCGAGCAGUGAGGAGAGUUCUGAAGAGGAAAUUGAGAAACCUGUUGUAAAAUCCUUACCUAAAGCUGUCGUUAAACCUGCACAGAAGAAGGAAGAUAGCAGUUCUGACGAUUCUGAUGACGAAGAGGUUCCCAAGGCCCCUGUUAUUAAAGCACAGAAGCCUGCAUCAAAGCUUGUUCCCAAAAAGCAAGUCAGCAGUUCAGAUGACUCAUCUGAUGAAGAAUCUACUGCAAAGAAACCAGUUGUAAAAGCUCCCGUUAAACCUGUUGCUAAAUCUGUUGCAGAGUCUAGCUCUGAGGAAUCUGAUGAAGAUGAAAAAAAACCAACUCCAAAAACUUCUCUUGGCAAAACUCAACCACUCAAAACCCAAUCUCCUAAAAUUCCUACAAAGAAACAGGACAGCAGUGAUUCAUCCUCCGAGGAGGAAAAACCAAAGAAACCAAUACAGAAAACUCCCACGAAGACUCCUGUAGCCAAAACAAUUCCAGCUGUUAAAAGGAAGGCUCAGAGCAGUUCAGAUGAUUCAUCUGAAGAUGAGAAACCUCCUGCAAAAAAAAAUGUGGUAGUUGCAACUCCAAAGAAAGUAACACCUUCAAAAAAGAAAGAAAGCAGUUCUGAAGACAGCUCUGAUGAGGAAGAUACCAAAAAGACAGCAGUUAAGAAACCAGUUGCAAAAACAAGUGUUCCCCUAAAGAAAGUUGGUUCAAAGAAAGAACAGAGCAGUUCUGAGGAAAGUUCGGAUGAGGAAGAUGGCAAAACAGCUGUUGUUAGCAAAAAGCCUUUAGCAACUGCCGCUGUUUUAAAAAAACCUGUAGCAAAAGAAGAAAGCUCUGAUGACUCUAGUGAAGAGGAGACCGUAAAGAAACCAUUGACAAAACCUGUUGCUCUUGUAAAAAAACCAGUUGCAAAAGAAGAUAGUUCUGAUGAAUCUAGUGAGGAGGAUAAAGCAAAGAAACCACCAGUGAAAAGCUCUACUCCUGCUAAAAAGUCCACAGCAAAGGAAGAAAGUUCAGACGAAUCUAGUGAGGAGGAAACUGCAAAGAAACCAACAGCAAAAAGUGCUGUCCCAAAAAAAAUUGUAACAAAGGAAGAAAGUUCUGAUGACUCUAGCGAAGAAGAAACAGAAAAGGCAUCUUCCAAGGCAAAAGUUGUAACGAAAAAACCAGCCAAAAAAGAAAGCAGCUCCGAGGAAGAUUCAAGCGAUGAAGAUAAUGCAACCAAAGUUCCACCUAAGGCACAGAAAGUAACAAACGCAAAGAAACCUGCAAAGAAAGAAAGUUCAUCAGAUGAAGAAAGUGAUGAUGAGCCUCCAAAGAAACCUGUAGCCAUUUCCACGCCUGCUGUUUCGAAAAAGGAAAAAAAAGAGUCAUCUGAAGAUUCAUCAGAUGAUGAGGAGGAUGAAGAAGAAAAACAAAGUAAACCUGCCAAAGAAAAACAAAAGAGAAAAAAGAGUAGUCCUGAAGAUGAGGAGGAAGAAGAAAUGAAAGUUAAAAAACCAAAAUAUGAUAAUUUCGUCAAAUCCGGACAAAACGACAGUUUCAAUGGAGAGCGCAAAAAUACACCUUUUAGACGUGUCAAAGAUGAAGAAGUGGAGAUCGACCCCCGUUUAUAUGAUAAUUCAUUUGAUGCAAAGUUUAAUGCUAGAGGAUCUUGGGGUGAGAGAGCUAACUUGGACCUGAAACACACCCGAGGAAAAUCUUUCAGGCAUGAAAAAACCAAGAAAAAAAGAGGGUCCUAUCGAGGUGGAACUAUUGACAUGUCUGUUAAUUCAAUCAAAUUUGACUAGGAAUAAAAUAAUUUUAAGGAUAUUUUCGUAAGCUCAAUUCUUUCAAGUGUUGGUCGUAAAGAAGAUAUGACUGAGGGGUCCUCAUUUGAAUCAUUUUCAUAUGUAUUGACUACGUUCGAAUGGAUAAUAGUUAUAUAAAUCUCAACUUUGCAACAAAAAACAUGAGGCCAAUACCAAAUGGUAAUAUUUGUAGCUACCCACAUUCAAAAAUUGUUCGUGAUCAUAAUUAACUGGGUCUUGAAUUUUUUCAUGCAUUGAAUUUCACAAUGGAUCUACUUACUAGCUCUUUGCUAUUUCAUUGAUGUCGUGAAUAUGCUCUUGAUGAAUAAAUAUUAUUUUUAUAUUACAAGUAAUUUCAGAAAAGUUCAGUGAUUUACCUUGGCUUUCCAAAAUUGUAUCUGAAGUACUAAUUUGUCAUCAGAGUCGGUUGAAAAGCCUACUUGUACAGAGUGGGGCACAUUG